CUCGUUGUGCCUUUUCUCAUAGCUAGUGGGAAGGCUGAGAUGAAGAAGGUGAUGGAUAUAAUUAAAACUACUACAGGAGGAGAGGUGGAUAGAAAACAUGUGCGACGUGUUCUAUCAAAACUGGGAAUAGAGCUUACAGACAGCGAAUUCUUUAAACUGAUGGAAUCUUUGUCUUUUGACAAUGAUGACAAGAUCUUCAAGAACAGGUUAAUAGAAUCUGUGACGUCUCUCCAAGGUGGUAAAGUCGACAGCAACAACCUGGACACAGUUCUGGAUAACAUGGGAAUCAAACUUUCAAAUACGGAACUUCAAGAUCUGAAGCAAAGCAUGAACGUUGGAGUUGACGAUAAAAUUUCACUGCAGACACUGAUGCAAAAACUGAAAGAUUUUACAGGGGAGAAGAUCGAACCCAGUGAUGUACCGAGUAUCCUGGAGAAACUUCACAUAGAGCUCACAGAGAAGGAGCUAGAGGAGCUGAUGAAAAGGUUACCCGUAGACGAGACUGGAAAGUUAUAUAGUAACAGGUUGCUGAAGAAUCUGAAAGACCUCAAAAUGGGGAAGAUCAAAAAGGCUAACCUCCAUAGUUCUUUGGAAAAUAUGGGGUUGAAACUCUCAAUGGAGGAAUUCGCUGAAGUGGCAGACAACCUAGAAACAGAUGGUGAGUAA